AUGUUCACUCUACACAGAAUGACUUCCCACUUCCGAGCUUUUCGCGGAACCUUCCAUCGGUACAAGACCACAAUUGAUACGUCCAAAGUGCCGGCCUUGCGGGAGGAAGACCUGGAGGAAACUUUCGUACGCGGCAGUGGCCCCGGCGGUCAAUCGGUUGCCAAGACCAACAACAAAGCGGUACUCACUCACAAGCCGACCGGCAUCGUGAUCCAGUGUCAUGCCUCCCGAUCUCUAUUCAAAAACAGAGAGGAAGCCCGUCGCCUGUUGGUGUUGAAACUAGACGAGCUCGAGAAUGGCGAUCAAUCCGUAGAAUCACAACAGAAAAAAAUUGACUUGAAGAAACACACGGAAGCAGUGCGAAGGAAGUUUAAACGACAAGAGAUGAAAAAAGUUUGGAAGGAGCGGGAGUUCGGAUCGGAACAUUGAAUAUUUUACGCCGUAGAUUUUAGAUGUAAAUAGAUACAGAUUUACCACGA